AUGUCUCACGAUUCUUCUCAAGCUUAUAGUUUGAUUGCAGAUGUAUCCUGCUACCUGUAUUCUGAAUUACUCCUCAACAUCCGUCAGGUCUCCCUAUACCUUUCGUACAACAAACCCCCAACUCUUGUCACGCUUCGCCCAGAGCUCCAGGUUUUGAAGUCUCGCAGCGCAAUAAAAUUUUCUUUGUCAGAAUAUUUUCCAGAUGCAACGCGAAUCAUCAAGCUUCCGGCCCGCGUGAGUGACGCCACUCCGCAGGUAUUCGUUCUCAAUGAACCACUGUCAAUAACCGACCGGUCGGAAGGCCAGAGCCAGGAAUAUUCUUUCAGAAUGCAAAUAGAUCCUACUGACCCGGUACUUAUGCCAAGGGAUGAAUCAAUCGAUAACCAUGUGCCUUGGACCUCAGCCGACAUGUCUAUCUCGACUCGGAUUCGAUGUCGCGCUUGUGGAUCGCCAUUCCUGAAUACCUCAAUUUCUCAUAAUACAGGAGUCCACGAUCAGGACUCUUCUUCAGGGUGGAUAUGGAAGGAUCUCCCCAGUGGAAACUGGGCCGAGAUGAUGGAUUUCUGGCACUGCCACAAACCUGAUCCUAGGGAGAAUGAUCAAAGCUCGGAAGGCAUGGCUGUACUGAGGUCUGAAGAGCAGGUAGCUCAAGCAAAAGGGUAUGGCGCUGCUAGUCAUAUUCAAGCAGUUUCCGGUACCAUCCUCAUCGACGUGACUUCAUUUAUACUCGCAGUUUCCGACUGCAUCGGAUUGCAAAAGGGAAAUGAUCAGCAUACAAACCCCUGUAUUGGGAUUCCUCAGCAAUUCACGCUGCACUGUACCACGUGUGAUUCGUUUGUGGGAAUCCAAGAUUCGUCAGUGAGCGGGUGGCGCCUCAUGAAGGCGAAUUUAUCUUUGAACACGCAUAGCCUAAAGGGUGAUUUGGAUGGGAAUCAAUGGCAAUCCCACUCUUCGGAAGUCCUAGUGGCAGCUCAGUUGCUUGAAUUAAUUCAGCGAGAAAAUGCGCGAAGAUUUAUCGUCCACGAAGGACUGAAAAAUGGACUUUUGUUGUGGGUCUUCAGUCCCAAUCUCUACUAUUCUUAUUCCAAUGGAACUCGGAGUAUCGGCCCCCAGCAAGCCAUGAAAGUGCUCUUUCAGACAGUGGAUGAUUUCGGCCCUUUUCUUAUGGAUGACAUUGGAAACCCAUCUCUAGCCCCCGAAGAGGUGAUACUUCCUGCCAUGGUUUUCCAGGUAGUGUCUGAUGCUCUGCUGCAGAGUAACAGCAUCCUUCCCCUCUCAGCAAGAAAGUUCAACGAAUGGAAUGUUGGACUCUUGGAUCUUUUCAGCCGAGAUGGCAUUCUUGCG